AUUAUUCUGAUUUACAAUCUUGUGCACAACAUCCACCUAGCAAAAAAAGGGAACAAUAGAAAUACGAAAAGAAAAAAAAAAGAAGAGAAUCUACUGCAAUGGAAGGGCUUUGGAUGACCAACCCCGUAAAACAAGGGCUACGCCAUUUGGUACGCCAUGAGACUUUAUGGACUGCUCCUUUAGUGUACCUAUUGUUUGGAUCGUUAGUGAGAUGGGCAGUUGCGCUUCAUCCUUAUUCGGGUCAAAACACACCUCCGCAAUAUGGAGAUUAUGAGGCCCAAAGACACUGGAUGGAGUUGACAAUCAACCUUCCAACGAAAGAUUGGUAUACUCAUGACCUCACCUGGUGGGGACUAGAUUAUCCACCUCUUACAGCCUUCCACAGCAGGUUGUGUGGUAGCAUAGGAUCUAUGAUAGAUUCUUCUUGGUUUGAACUGUACAGUUCACGUGGAUUAGAAUCAAUGGGCAGUAAGCUGUUUAUGCGCUCUGCUGUAUUUGUGUCAGAAAUGAUCAUCUACAUCCCAGCUGUUUUGGUAUUCUGUCAGGUCCAAUAUGGAUCCAAAGACAUCUUUCAAAAGCACAUUGGAGCUAUAUUGAUCAUUAUGCAACCUGCUUUGCUAUUGAUUGAUCAUGGUCACUUUCAAUUCAACAGUGUGAUGCUUGGCCUAACUCUGUGGGCCAUAAACGCUUUCCUGACUGGAUAUUAUGUAUGGGGUGCCAUAUUCUUUUGCUUAUCCCUGGGAUUUAAGCAGAUGGCCUUGUAUUAUUCACCUGCUGUAUUUGCCUAUCUCUUAGCACAAUGCUUCAAAAACAAACAAGGAUUGAUAUUGUUUUGUAAGCUUGGCAUUACUGUAUUAGUGACAUUUGGAAUUUUAUUCUCUCCUUGGCUUGGAUCUCUCGACAGUAUCUUGCAGGUUAUCCAUCGUGUAUUUCCUGUAGCACGAGGUUUAUUUGAAGACAAGGUGGCUAGUGUCUGGUGUACAUUGAAUAUUUUUAUUAAGAUCCGUCAACUGCUCAGCCUUGAAGCGGCAGUGAAAAUGAGUUUAGUAGCCACAUUAUUGGCAGUUGUACCUGUCAGUAUUCAGCUCUAUCUUCGUCCUUCUCCGUACAGAUUCUUGUAUGCGUUGGUGAAUUCUUCUCUUGCAUUCUUUUUGCUGUCAUUCCAGGUUCAUGAAAAGUCAAUCUUGUUACCCGCUUUACCUGUUACUUUGCUUGUCUUGGAAGAUCCAGUAGCCGUUCGUCUCUUUAUAAACACGGCAAUGUUUAGUAUGUUUCCUCUUUUGAAGCGAGAGGGACUUGAGAUACCUUAUGUUGCAACUACUCUUCUGUGGAACUAUCUCUUGGGUGACUACCCCAAGUCCACGUUAUCUACUCUUCGCAACACAAUUAAUGUUGUUUAUGCAGGGUUCAUCGGAUGGCAUUUUAUAGAUUUAACUGUCGCUCCUCCCGAGAAGCUACCUGAUUUAUUUGUGGUUCUUAAUGCAGCCAUGAGCUGUGGAUUGUUCUGUAUUCUGUUUGGAUACUUCCUGUACCGCCAAUGGACCUGUUCAACUACUACACUAUCAACUAUCAAGUCUCAUUAAGCGACCAAAAACUAUCAUAUCCUUAUUUUCUAUCUCUUUUACACAUUAACAUUCGUAUUUUUAGAAUACCGCUUCCUUAACACAUAUAUUUUAUUGUUAUUGUUGUUGUUCUUUCGUUUUCUCUCUCUCUCUCUCUCUCUCUCUCUCACAAAUACCCCACCUUACUUUUCUUCUCUCUUCUCUUUUCUUUUCUUUUCUUUUCUUUUUACGCAUUUACAUUCAACAUGACUUCUCGUCGUGUUGUAGUUACUGG